AUGACUAUCAUUAGCCAUAAUUAUGGUCCAUAUCCAGUACUGGGAAUCAGGUUUCGACCCACUGAUGAAGAGCUUGUUCGCUAUCUACUCAAAUUCGUCUCUUGCAAGACUUUCUCGUGUGAUCAUAUUCGAGUUGAGGAUCUUUACGGGAAUAAGAAGCCAUGGGAUAUAUUCGAAAACAAUUUUCUGGGAGAUGAUACAAAGGUAAACUAUUUCUUUACUAAGUUGAAGAGAACAAAAGCGGAUGGUUCAAGGUUCAGUCGAGGGCUGAUUGGAGGAGGCUGUUGGAAAGGACUUGACAAAAGUAAACCAGUUUUUAAAGGGUCAAAGUUGGUUGGGUUCAAGAAAAGUUUUCAAUAUCAAGAAAAAGAUAGCUGCACGGAGAGAUUAGGUGGCGAUCAAGUUAAUAAUAUUGUUUGGAAUAUGAAAGAGUAUAGUCUUGAUGACAACAUCCUAAAGGUGUUAAGACAACGAAAUUCAAUUCAGUAUGAGGACUUUGUUUUGUGUUGCAUUAAGCGUAAAUCUGUACAUGAUCAUGAUCAUGAGGAAUUAGGAGAUCAUAUGGUAAUAGCGGCCAGUGGAAACAACGUUGUUGCUGUUAUGAAUGCCAUGCUUUUGACAACUCAAGAACAUGAACUUGAGUAUGUUACAAGUUCUUCAGAGGAUCACGGGACAGGUUUUCAUGAUUUGUGUCCUUCUAAUCAAUUCUCAUCAUCUGAACAUAAUAAUGUGUUUCAGUUGCAACAAGACCAAAAUAUUGAACAAUUAGUGAAUGUAGAAGCGCAGAAUAUUGAAGAGAUGGCACCUUCAGCUCAAAGUCAUGUUGAAUAUGUUGGAAGAUCUUCAGAGGAAGGGACAACUUCAAAUCAAUUCACAUAUUCAUCUGAUAAUAAUGACUUUCAGUUGCAACAAGAUCAUAAUAUUGAAUGUGAUCAUAGGGAUACUGUUCCAUCAACAUUGGCUGAGAUGAUGGAAAAUAUUGAUCAUGUGGAUAAGGAAAGUGUACGAAACAUCAUACGUCCAAUGGCUCAAGGAAGUAGUAGUGCUGGAUUUGUGUCUGAUCAGUGGUCAGUACAGCAAGUGCAGAACAUUGAAGAGAGAGCACCUAGCACUUUUACUGAUAUGUUAACAUCAUCAGAUUAUUAUGCUGAGCCAUCUUUAGUUAUAAGCAGCGACGAGUGCUUCACAAUGGAGGAAUUAUUGGGUUCUGAUGAUGAUGUUAUUGCAGCAGAUCUGAGUUGGCCAUCUUUGGAUGAUCAUCUACAGACAAGCUGA